UGUUUAUAUAAUAUACUAGUGACAGUUCUCUCUCGGUUUAUUAAACACUAUUGAAUAGAAUAGUACGGGAAAAAUUAAUCGCUCGUAAAACUAAAACUCGGCAAGAUGAGUUCUCCACUCAAUUUAGAUGACAGUUUCAGAACGGAUGAUAUUUGUGCAGGAAUAGAAUUGAACGACAGUGUUAUUUUUGCAGUCGUUCCAAUCGACCAAUUUCAGGAAGAAAUGGCAGGCUCUGAGACGCCAGAAACAGUUGAAACCCCUCAACUUUUUCCAAAUGUUUCGAAUUCUGACGUUCAUCAGGAAAUUUCAGGCUCCGAGAUGCAAGAAAACGACAAAAAUCACGAAAUGAAACUGAAUGACAAUGUAAUGGCCAUUAAAACAUCUGAGCCUAUCUCAAAUGUUUCGUUUCUCGAACGCCAGGAAAAAGUUGCAGGCUCUGAGACGCCAGAACCUGUCGAAAAACGAGAAAGUGUACUAAAUGACGAACAAACAGUUGAAACCCCUCAACUUUCUUCAAAUGUUUCGAAUUCUGGCGUUCGUCAGGAAAUUUCAGGCUCCGAGAUGCAAGAAAACGACAAAAAUCACGAAAUGAAACUGAAUGACACUGUAAUGGCCAAUGAAACAUCUGAGCCUAUCUCAAAUGUUUCGUUUCUCGAACGCCAGGAAAAAGUUGCAGGCUCUGAGACGCCAGAACCUGUCGAAAAACGAGAAAGUGUACUAAAUGACGAAGAAACAGUUGAAACCCCUCAACUUUCUUCAAAUGUUUCGAAUUCUGACGUUCGUCAGGAAAUUUCAGGUUCCGAGAUGCAAGAAAACGACGAAAAUCACGAAAUGAAACUGAAUGACACUGUAAUGGCCAAUAAAACAUCUGAGCCUAUCUCAAAUGUUUCGUUUCUCGAACGCCAGGAAAAAGUUGCAAGCUGUGAAAGGCAAAAACUAGAAGGAAAUUCUGAAAUUGAACUGAAUAACAAAGCAACGGUCGAAACAUCGCAACCUUCCUCGAACAUUUCACUUUUGGAAGUUCAGCAAAAAGUUGCAAGCACGAAGAAGAAAACGAGUAGUGAGGACAAAAGAUAUCCAUGCCCUAUAUGCAAAAAGGUGUACGCUACUAAAGGUUAUGUCAUCAAUAUCCACAUCAAUGUGACACACGAAAAAAACUCCAAAUUCAAGUGUGAUCAUUGUGGAAAGGUAUUCUCAAGGCGGUCUACUAUGUAUGAACAUAUCAAAACAAAUCAUUUAGGGAAAAAACAUGUGUGUCCCAUAUGUCAAAAGACAUUCACAAGAAGUAAUCUUCUCAAAACACAUAUCAAUUCCCACAAUGGCGACGUAUUUGAAUGCGACGUAUGCGGAGCGAAAUUCGUGAACGAUCGGAAUCUCCAAAAACACGCGAAGAAGCACGAGCUCGAAUUCACUGCUGAGCACGAGCUCCAUAGUCACUUGCGGGCGAAAAACAGAAUCGCGGCCAACGAGCGCAGAAAGUCGAGGGACGAAACCGAGGGUAACCAUACGCAGGCGCAUCCCAUGGAGCGUAGAGGUUCCUCGAGCGAAUGUGUGCCGUGUGAACAGUCAUUGGGAAACGAAGCAAAAUACAAGAAGCACUUCCAUUUGAAGCAUUUUCAAAGAUCGUGACGUAUGCUUAGAAAAGUAUCCGGACAAAAGAGGCAGUAAAUAUUGUAUAUAAUAACUUGAUAAAUGUAAAAUUGAUUUUAAUUCAUAACAAAUACUUUGUAAAAUUCACAAGAGUCACUCAUCGAUAAAGUG